AUGCGCCUCUUGCCUGUGGCCGUGCUCAGUCUCGCGCCGGUCUUUGCCGUUGCACAGACCACGCCAACAGCCUCGUCAAGCACCACAGCAUCUGACACUGUUGCAUCGACCACCGCCGCCGCUUCAGCGUCAACUCUCACCUCCCAGGCUCCUUCCUCCGUUACAGCUGGCCUUCUGGACGCCGCAUCCCAGCUCAUCACAAUCACCACCACCGGUCCCAACACGGCCCCACUUCCCAGCGUGACCGGCUCGGUCUUCGUCUCGUUCCCAGCCCCGCAGCCAUAUGUCACGCCGACCUUGCCUGCCUGGGGCGCGUUCUGGUCCUACUCGCAGCCGCCUAUCCCGGCCACCUCGACCACAGCAGCAGCUCCACCGACAUUUACCGUGUCGGGCGGUUCGGCAGCCGCCCUUGCGGCGGCUCCCCAGGAGCGCGAGUACACUUUCAACAUAGGGUAUGCGGCCGGUGCUCCAGCCGGAUUCCACCGCCGCUUGCUGGUCAUCAACAACCAGUACCCUGGGCCACUCAUAGAGGCCAACCAGGGCGACACGGUGGUCGUGCAUGUCAACAAUGGCCUGGAUAUUCCCCAGACCAUCCACUGGCAUGGCAUGAGGCAGAAUGGCACCAACGUCAUGGACGGUGUGCCCGGGUUCUCUCAGUGUGCCAUCCCUGCCGGCGGGUCGUUUACGUACCGCUUCCAGGUGGACGGCGAGAUGGGUACGUACUGGUACCACUCGCACUAUGGAAACACGCUCGCGGACGGCCUGGUUGGCGGCCUGUUGAUCCACGCAAAGAACGACCCCCUCGUCCAAGGCGUAGACUAUGACGAUGACCAGGUGGUCUACAUUGGCGACUUUAUGAAUGACGACUCGGAAGUCAUCAUUGAGAACGAGACCAACAUCCUCACCCCAUACCGCGGUAUCCCCUUUGUCGUCGAGCCCGACGCGGUGCUCAUCAACGGUAUCGGCCAGGCCAACUGCAACAACGCGCAGCGCGGGGUACCGUGCACGCAGAACCACCCUGCCGAGGUGAACGUCAUUGCAGGGAAACAGACGCGUCUCCGCCUCAUCAACCACUCGGGGCAGGCCCUGAUCCGCUUCUCCAUCGACAACCACCAGCUCCGCGUCAUCGAGGCAGACGACACGGGAGUCGAGAGCGUAUGGGUCAACGAGAUCCCCGUCGGUGCCGGCCAGCGCUACUCUGUUGUCGUGCAGGCCAACCAAGGUGCCGCGGGCAGCUCAUUCUGGAUCCGCGCACACGUAGCCACAUUCUGCAUCAACCCGCUGGCCACGGUCAAUGGGGUCGGAAUCUUGCGCUACACCGAUGCAGCAGGUGGCAGUGUCGGCCUGGCUGACCCCACAACCCAACCGUGGUCCAACCUCAAGAUCCCCAACGUCGCCGUCUGCCAGGACCUCGACGACGACGGUACCGCUCUCGUCCCGCUCAUCAAGGAGAAUGCCCCCACAACCACGUCCCAAACUGCGGUCAUGAACUCGCUCUUUGGCAUCUUUGUCGACCCCAACACGCACACUGCAUUCAUGGGUUUUGGUAUGAACGGCGUAGCCUACAAGAACUACAUCAACAACCCGCUCUUGACCCGUGUCAUGGACGGCAUCGCGAUAGGCGGCAACGAAGUCGCCUCGGUCACGUUUGACGGGCAGGGCUCGGCAGACCUGAUCAUCAACGUCCUCGACCCGCCGCCCAUCGGCCACCCAUUCCACCUGCACGGCCGCCCCUUUUACAUUGUCAAGCGCGGCUCUGGCGCCAUGACCAGCACCCUCUGGGCUCUCACCCGCAGCACGGCCGCCACCACCACCAACCCGCUCCGGCGGGACACCAUCGUCAUCCCGCAGUGGUCGUACGCCGUCCUCCGCAUCAAGCUCGAUGAUCCGGGAGUCUGGCCACUGCACUGCCACAUUGGCUGGCACCUGGCCGCGGGCAAGAUGGCCGCGGUCGUGAUUGGGUCUGCUGCUGUCAAGACGUUUUCCAGGCCGGCCGACUGGGCGGCUCUGUGUGACGGGACCGACCCGAACGUCAUUGGGCCCGGUCGCAGGAGUGAUAUGAGUUACAUGCCGCCACAGGCGCGUGCGCCGUAUGGAGUUAACACUGUGGUGGGGUAG